AUGUUGCUGAGGCUGCAGGGACUCCUCGUCCUCUCCUCCCUCUGCUCAGCGAUGCUGGUUACAGACCCCAGCUAUGACCCGGGGUCUGGAAUUCCGUUAACAGAGGAGGAGAUCGAAGAGAUGGGGUCCGACUUUGAUCCUUCCUCUCGCAUGAUGGGGGACACAGAUAACAACAUGACGUACGGCCCCGGCCGGAUGUUUCAUGAUAUGGACCCAAAUUCCCACCCCAGCAGAUCAGAUAUGUGUGACAUGAUAAUGAAUAUGCCGGUGCCCCCGCCAAUCGACCAGAUCCCUUUAUUCUGCCUCUGUUCGCACUGUAAGGGCACCAUGGGGCCAAAAGGGGACACAGGCGACCGAGGCCCCCCAGGUCAACCUGGGAGUCCUGGGAUGAGAGGACUGAUGGGUUUCAAGGGUCGUCCAGGAUACACAGGCACUCAGGGGAUGAAGGGUCAGAAAGGCGACUAUGGGAUGAAAGGGUCCCCCGGCGCUACGGGCUUAUCCGGGAUGAAGGGCAGCCGAGGCUUCAAAGGAGAAAAAGGGGACCCUGGAAUGGAAGGGCCCGCAGGUCAACAGGGCCCCCAAGGAGAAACUGGCACAUGUCCUGCUUCCUGUGAGACUAUUCAAGGUCCAGAAGGCCAACAAGGCCCCCCUGGGCCAGUAGGAGCUCGAGGUCUGGCUGGGCUAAAGGGAUCUGUAGGACCCAAAGGUGCAAUGGGUAAUAAGGGGGACAUGGGAACACCUGGUGACCCUGGGCUAAAUGGCCAUAAGGGUGAUCAAGGUGAGCAGGGGGUGUGUAAUUGCACAGAUGGAGAACAUGGCUCUGAUGGGAGCCCAGGAGAAAUGGGGCCUAAAGGAGAGAAAGGUGACACUGGUGCCCGGGGUGUAGAGGGUCCCAUUGGGCCUAAAGGCGAUGAAGGCAUGAUGGGUCACAUGGGCCCACCAGGGCCCUGCUCCCCGACCAUCCGGUCAGCAUUCUCUGCAAGUAUCAAUGAGUCGUUUCCUAAGCAAAAUGAACCUGUUCCAUUUCCAGAUGUCUUCUACAACCUCCAGGGGAACUUUGACCCUAUCAUGGGGAUUUACACGGCCCCCAUCAAUGGCACGUAUGUCUUCAGCUUCAACCUAGCAGUUUACCAAAGACCUCUUAGGGUUGGCCUUUUCCACAACUUCUACCCAGUGGUCAAAAGCACAGACUCAGCUCAACAGUCCACUGUAAGUCAAACCAUAGUCCUUCACCUGACCAGUAUGGACAAGGUGUGGCUGCAGGUUAAGGACGGCACCACUAACGGCAUGUACAGUAGCUAUGAGAGUAGCAGCACGUUCUCUGGGUAUUUGCUGUACCCAGAUUCCUGUGGAAUGCCUAUGUUAAGGGAUCUUGGGGAAUCAAACAAAGGUGAAAAGGGUGUCUACAGCUGGAACGGUCCCUAA